AUGGAAAUGGAAAUAGAUUCAAAUAUCUCUGAUGAAGAAUAUGUUGGUAUGGAUGAUGAUCCAGUAUUAAUAGUUUCUGGAGAUGACCUUGACAGAGACGAAGAAGACGAAGAAAUGCCACUUUUUGACGUAUCUGAUGAGUCGUCAGCUACAAUCUUAUCAAUUGACUCACCGAUUUGUUGUCUAGAUAUAGAUCCUACAAGAAGAGGUAGAAUAUUAUACGGAGGGUGCGACGAUAAAGCAUAUUUAUCCAACCUACCAGUAAAUCCUAUGGAUGCUAAUAACCUUAUGGUUGAAAAAAUUAACUUAGGUUUUGAAAAGUUAUUUGAAGGCCAUACAGACACCGUUUCAUGUGUUUCUUAUUCAGUAGAUGGAAAAUAUUUUGCAACAGGAGGUUGUGAUGGAACUGUAAGAGUUUAUGGAAACGAGGCUUCAAAUGAAGGUCAGCUAAUUUCAAUUUUAGAGGGUCCAUCUGAUGAGUUGGAAUUUAUACGGUGGCAUCCUCGUGGACCGUGUAUACUUGGAGGUGGAGUAGAUGGAACAGGAUGGCUCUGGAUGGUUUCAGAUGGAAGAGUAUUAUCUGUAUUGUCAGGCCACGGGGAUAGUAUUACAUGUGGUGAUUUUAGUAAUGAAGGUAAAAUAGCGUGUACAGGAUCUCUAGAUGGAAGUGUAAUCAUAUGGAAUCCAAAAAAUGGAGAAAGCUUGCACAAAAUUACAAGAAAUAGCUUUGUAGAAAAUAAUACCGGAGAUUCAUCAUAUUUGGAUGAAUUGGGUAUAGUUUCAAUGAGAAGUCAUAAAAAAAAUCCAUUGCUAGCUGUUGGUCUCACUAAUGGUCUAUUUUCUUUAAUCCAAUCUGAGACUGGUAAAAUUCUAAGCUUAAAUAAAAGACACAAUAAUUCUCUAGACUGUAUUGAAUUCAUCAAUAAUAUGGAAGAUCCUUUAUUGGCCACAGGUGAUAUGAAUGGAGAACUAAUUAUUUGGAAUUACGAGUACAAUAGAGAAAACUUUGCAAUGAAGAACAAUGAAUUGGAGCAUUCCAAUGGAGUAUUACCUGGUAUUACUAGUAUUAGUUGGGGAGGGGAUAGAAACAAUACUUUAAUAGCAACUGGUUGUUUGGACGGGACUAUUAGAUUAUGGGAUUACAGAACAGGAGAAAAUGUCAGAAUUCUAAAAGGGCAUAAAAGUGGAAUAUUAUCUAUGAAAAUUGUAGAAUUUGGAUUUCAAGGAAACAAUGUUUUAAGAAUGGUAUCUACAGGGGACGAUGGAAGAUGCUUAUUAUGGGAUGUAAGAAUGUAG